AUGAGUCUCUCCCACUGGGAUCACUACGGAAGCAUGGAAACUAUCUGCUCCUCCGCCUCAACCGAUGUGACCCUCGGAGACAUGGGGUCUGGCCUACGGCCAGGGCGGGCCUUCCUCCCCUGGCAAAUGUCGUACUCGUUAGGAGUCAGGGAACCGGUUUCACAUCUAUCUCCUGGCGACCCUUCGACAUCGCACUCCGUCUUCGCCCCUUACGUGCAAGCGCCCCACCUCAUCUAUCCCUACGGUGAGCUGCGACAGACCGCAGGCGCCCCGCGACAUCUAACACCGCCGCCACCACCACCACCGCCGUUACCACCAUCGUCCUUUAACCCACACCACAUGACCAAUGGGCGGGGUUUGACGCUCGGCGAGGAAGCCCUGUCUCCACCCGCGCAUCGAUACCCAGAGGCCCAAAAUGACCCACACGGUGAGGUGGGAGAGGACCGUGCUGUUGCGAUGGCUGCCAACUAUGCCCGCUCCUACCUCUAUCAGAAUUCUGCCUCCGCUGUAGAUGCUAGUCUUGGGCCGCACACUUCCGGCGUCUUCACUCCGUCAGAGGAGACUCUGCGAUUCAGCCACACACGCAAUUUGGACGCCUGGUCACACGCUGUUGGUCCCGGCAACGCCGCCUGCGGUGGGGGCGGUUGUGUCGGCGGCGGCGGCGGAGUCGGUGGCAGCGGUACCAACAAGUGCGCAUCCGCCGACUACGCAACUGCGGCUGCCGCUGUGGCUGCUGCAGCUGUCUGCCGACAGGCUCAGUACUUUGAGGACUUUUAUGCGCGGAAGAAGUGGAGCAAGAACAAAGGUAAGGUCUGGUCCACGCAGUGCUAA